AUGGAUAGCGACGAUCUCGGAUUUCUCGACAUUGAUCAGAUUUUCGCGGAUCAGAUUUUGACUGAUGAUUUUUUGACAGAAUACAGCGGCGGGGGCUCUCCAAGCUCCGGCUCUUCCGAUGAUGGAAUUUUCGGGUGCACGGACAGUCUUUCUCCCGGACUGUCGAGUUCCAACUCAACUUCUCCGACUUAUACCGCCUCUACGGGAUCAGAAGGCGCUUCUCCACGAGACCCCGUCUAUUCGGUGUAUCCUUCCGGCUCUCAAAGUAACAAUCUCUUCCCGCUAGGCUCUGACAGUGCCUAUUCAAAUGAAUCCCUUGGAUCGCAGUUUGUUCAAAGCGCCAACGAAUGUGCUCAGCAAAUACAGCAUCAAUCGGCAAUGAGUUACAGUCAGCCACAAACUAGACCUCCAGUCUCCCGGCGAUCAGCGCCGCCAUAUUCAGUCAAACAAGUUCCAGUGGCGCAACAGAACAAUGGAAUUGAAGAGUUGCCAAUGAAAAAGGCGCGAACGCCGCUUCGUGAACAGCGGAUACACGCCACGGAAUCGGUUCAAAUUAUCAAGGUGGAACCCGACUGUGAAAUCGUCGAUCAAAAGUCAACGCGUCUUCCGAUGGUCACUCAGAGCAACAGUGUCCUGCUCAAAGUAGAGCCAACUGAGUUCGUGGCGAAGCCGGCUCAGUCCCUCUCGCCGCCCCAGAUCAAAAUCCCUGAUAUUUUAACCCAAGCUUGUCAUUCUAUCGGAAUGGAUUCAAAGGGACAAUUUUACCGAAGAUCCGAAGCGCAAAAGAAAGCUGAAGAACGAAAAAUUAAAAAUAGGCAUUCUGCCAGUGUUAGUCGGGAGCGAAAAAAGCGCCAUCUGGAAGAGACAGAAACGCGAAACAAAAUCCUCAUCAAGGAAAAUGAACAGCUGAAGAAAAUCAACAAAGAACUCAUGGAGAAAAUUCGACUUCUUCAAGCUCAAAUCGGGACUACAAACAAUAGUCCGCCUAAAAGAAAGCGAAUCAUGGCCUCCACAGCCUGUUUGUCCAUCGUUUUUGGCUUGGUCUUCAUGACCAUGCCGUAUGCUCCGGAAAGUAGUGGAAAUAUCUCUCCAGUUGGAGGAAUGGAAAACGUUCAUCGAGGAAGGAGACUUUUCGAGACGAACGAAGUCGCGAAUGAGUCGCAAUUCUGGCUCGAUGAUCUUGUCAGUGACCUGCGUGAAAAUCACGCGUUCAACGAACUGAUGUACCGCGCGCACUUUGGCUCGGCGGACGUGAAAAAGCUCGUGCAGCGAAAAUUGUACGAAGAGUUCAAAAUUUCCAUCUCGCCGCGGCGCAUGAGCCCCAGUCGAUUCAGGGGCAAACUGGCAAUUGACUCCAGAACGGCGCUGAAGAAAAGUUCAAAAUCCAGCUCUCAGAUGUGCCCGAACGCGGCCUCGGCCCAGAACUUGAACGAAAUCCACAAAUCAUUCAAGCUGUGGCGCACCGAGAGCGAGGAUAUAAAUAACAUCGGCGAAUACAACUCGACGGAGACGGGGCUUGUUCGAAUCGCGCCAAGCAAAUUUUGGACACACGCGGAACUGAUGGAGUCUCUUUCUCAAAUAGCCUUCCGCAACGAUACUUAUUACGUUUUGUCCAACUCUCCCCUGCCAAUUCUCGCUCCUGUUCAGAUGGACAAUAAGCUUUCGCCCAGAAUGACGUUUGUGAUUCCGGCGGAAAACACGACUUUAGUCGACGACCACAUCGAAAUGCACGAAAUCGUGUGCAAUGUAGUCGAGACCAAGAAUCUGGUCCUUUAUCGAGGAGCCGUCGUCAGCGUGGAACAAGAAGACGACGACACUCGCAUCGAAAUCGAAGUGUAA